CGAAUCGAUAGAAAUGCUGAGUCCCUUCGGCAUCGACUCCAGCGAUCUGAGCGAGCCCUUCCGCUGCGACUACGGGGGCUGCAUUCCGUCCCAGUUCAUGUGCAACGGCCACCUGGACUGCUGGGAUGGCUCCGACGAGACGCAGGAGAUUUGCUUGCACCACAAUUGCCCGAAGCGCACGUUCAAGUGCAAGUACGGCGGGUGCCUCAAGCGACUCCAGGUGUGCGACGGGAAGGCACAGUGCUUUGACGGCUCCGACGAAGACCCCAAGCUGUGCGCGAAGAAGAGCUGCUUCUCGAGGCAUUUCCAGUGCUCCUACGGAGCCUGCAUCAAGAAGCAUGAAAAGUGCGAUGGGGUUUCGGAUUGCUCCGAUAGCUCGGACGAGACUCCGGAACUCUGCGGUUCAGGCCACACGUUCACGAAAACCGAUUCACGGUUGCGCAUCCCAGCGGACCUAGCGUCCUUUUUAAACCCACAACCUCCAGCACCUUCUACCACACAACCAACAACUACUACCACAAAUCCACCUCCACCACCAACAACUACCACACAGCCAACAACAACUACCACACAGCCAACAACAACUACCACACAGCCAACAACAACUACCACACAGCCAACAACAACUACCACACAGCCAACAACAACUACCACACAACCACCCCCACCACCACCAACUACCGGGCAACCACCCUCACCGUCGCUACCCAGUACAGACUCAGACUUAGAAGCUCCAUUUCCUUACACCUCGAGUUUUCCGGGCGAGGACGUCCUCAGCUGCGAUGGCGUCCAGUCGUGUCCUUGCCCUCCACCUUUGCAACAUUUCUGCAUCCCCUGCAAUGCUCGGAAUGAAACCUGCGCUCGUAUCGGAGAGGAGAAAGUGUGCCUGAUGCCGUACCGAAGCGCCCUGACUGGCAUCGAAGUGGAGGUGCUCUCAUGCGGCGCCAACCCCUUCCUAAGUAUGGCUGGGAUGGUACGCGCAGACAGGGAGUGCGGUACCAACCAGGGCGUCCCAGUCCUGACAGUGGUGACAGCGGACUGCUGGGGUGCCACUACUCUGAUAGCAGAGUGCCAAGCGGACGGCCUGUGGCAUCCUUACGGGGAGCCCAAGAGUGCCAAACCUAUGCGACAUCUGUGCCAACCUCACACCCUUAAUGCUGAUGUGUGCGGCAAGCGGGCCAGGUACGUGAGGCCCCCCGGCCGGUACGUGCCCUACGAGACCGCGUCCCUCUGGCCUUGGUUGGCGGGCCUCUUCCGCCGCGAGAAGUACGCCUGCACCGCCGCCCUCGUCAGCCCCUCCUACCUCCUCACCGCCGCCCACUGCCUCACCAGGUCGCAGGAGACUUCGCAAGAAACCGUGGAUUUGCGCGACCUGAGAGUUCAGCAUCUCGACGAGAGGGGCAACGUUAUCAAGGGAUAUCAUAUAGGAAGCACUGGUAUAUGGGACCCAUCUCCCAUUUCAGGAGGCUAUAUUAGCAUUGAGCUGAGUCUAAAGGUAUUUUACCGUGUGGACUUUGACAGAACUUUCCACGAUGUUGGCUCACACUCUCUCCUCAGUACUUGUGACAUGUGCUCCUGUUAA